AUGUCUCGGCUUCUCUCCAAACUCUCUCCCCUCAUUAACAAGAGCAGGAGUGUUCGUUUAUUCUCAUCGUCCAAGACUGGCCCGUGUAUUUCGAUUUGCAGCGUCGUGGAGCCCUCGCCUGACGGCCGCGGCGACAUCGGAGAAGUCUUGUUGUUCGACGUCUCGAAAUUCGAGUUAGUUAGAGCGGUGAAAACAUUUCCCGAUGAGUUUCAGGAAGCUGCAUUGGUCGGAGCUUCCCAUGGGUGGGGUUUUUUCUCCAACAGAGAAGAUCGCUCGGUGUUUAUCAGCGACUUCCUGAACCCAUAUGCUUCCAAGACAGAACCAAAGAUGAUUCCUCUGCCUCCCUUUACUACACGGUUCGGUUGCCAAACAGAGGUCGUGUGCAACGUGGCCAUGUCCUCUCCUCCUGAGCCGUAUGACAAAGACUGGGCCGUUGGCGUCAAGUUCUUGGGCAAACAACUGAGUUUCUGCAGGCCUCACUGUGACAUGCGUUGGACAAACAUCCAAACACCUUUCGAGUCAUGGGAUACCUCAAAGCUAAUGUAUUCCAAGAAAGACGAGAGGUUCUACUUGCUUGCUCCAGGGGGCAAGUACUUAUGCUCAUGGGAUCUAAACUUCAAGAAAGACAAGAAGCCCAAGUUCCAUGAGCUGGUGUUGCACGACGUUCCCGAGAUGACAAGUUCCGUAUGGAAGCAUAUGGAAUCCUUUUUCAGGGAGGAUCACUGGGUCGAGUCGCCUUCAGGAGAAUCUUUCCUUGUCAAAUGGUUCUACGAAUACACCACUGAAGGGUUCAAAACACCGACGGCGCUGGUGUUUAGAGAGGAGGACACGGUGUGUGGGAAGAAGAACAUGCGUUACACAAAGGACAUUGGAGAUCUGUGCAUUUUCAUCUCACAGGGCGACGAUUUCUGCGUUGAGGCCAGCUCUUGCAACCUCCACCCUAACUCCGUCGUUUUAAAUGGCCGUGUGUUUGCGUUGGUCGAUAUCGGCAAGAGAAGAUACAGUUACUAUGAAUAUCCAGAAGGUACACCAGGCAGGAUUCCUCAUUCCCCGUACUGGCUUCCUCCUUUUUCGAGCUAG